UCGUGUCAUGUGUGGUGAGCCCACGUGACGGGAGGCCCGAGCCCAACAUGGCUGCCUCCAUGGGUCGCUGGCAUCUCUUCUUCCUCGCGCUGCUCGGCUCCCUCCGCGAGGCGACCGGUAGCCUCGGCUCGGGGGUCUCCCGCGACGACGACUUGCUGCUGCCCUACACCCGUACCCGAGUGCGCGCCGCCCGGGACUGCACGCUGGUGCACACCGGCCGCCGCGAGCAUGAGAGCUGGCCGCCCGCCCCCGCGCCCCCCGGAGCCGUCAGCCCAACCGUGCGCUACUUCUUCUCGCACUUCUCUGGGCGCGCUGUGGGCGGCCACGUGACCCGGGCCGCCGCGCCCCUGCGUACCUUCUCCGUGCUAGAGCCCGGCGGUCCCGGUGGCUGCGCGUCUAGACGCCGCGCCACCGUGGAGGAGACGGCGCGGACCGUGGGCUGCCGCGUUGCCCAGAACGGUGGCUUCUUCCGCAUGGACACGGGCGAGUGCCUGGGAAAUGUGGUGAGCGACGGCCGACGGGUGAGCAGCUCCAGGGGGCUGCAGAACGCGCAGUUCGGAAUCCGCCGCGACGGAACUCUGGUCACAGGGUACCUGUCUGAGGAGGAGGUACUGGACACUGAGAAUCCAUUUGUGCAGCUGCUGAGCGGGGUCGUGUGGCUGAUUCGCAAUGGAAGCAUCUAUAUCAAUGAGAGCCUGGCCACCGAAUGUGAUGAGACACAGGAGACAGGUUCCUUCAGCAAAUUUGUAAAUGUGUUAUCGGCCAGGACAGCGGUGGGCCAUGACCAGAAGGGGCAGGUGGUGCUCUUCCAUGCAGAUGGGCAGACGGAGCAGCGGGGAAUCAACCUGUGGGAGGCGGCAGAAUUCCUGCUGCAGCAGGGGAUCGUCAACGCCAUCAACCUGGACGGAGGCGGCUCUGCCACGUUUGUGCUCAAUGGGACUUUGGCCAGUUACCCGUCUGAUCACUGCCAGGAGAGUAUGUGGCGCUGUCCCCGGCACGUGUCCACCGUGGUGUGUGUGCAUGAGCCGCGCUGCCAGCCUCCCAACUGCAGCGGCCAUGGGAUCUGCGUGCAAGGGAGCUGCCAGUGCUUGGGGCGCUUCUGGCGGGGUACGGCCUGCAACGAGCUGGACUGCGGCCCCUCCAACUGCAGUGGGCAUGGGCUUUGCACUGAGACCGGCUGCUGCUGCAAAGCCGGAUGGACCGGGCCUGACUGCAGUGAAGCUUGUACCAAUGGUUCCUUCGGGGAGAAUUGUGCCCAGAAGUGCCAGUGUCAGAACGGAGCUGCCUGUGACCCAGUUCAUGGGACCUGCACCUGCCCACCUGGCUUCACUGGGGACAUCUGUGCACAGGAGUGUCCCCUCGGCUGGCAUGGGCCUGGCUGCCAGAGCCCCUGCAAGUGUGAGCAUCAGUGUCCCUGCAACCCCCACACCGGCAACUGCAGCCUCAGCUGGACGCCUGCUGUGACCAGCCUCCUCUCCCAAAUGAAGCAGUGUUUUGUGUCACCCGAGGCCACCCUGAGGGCAAAAGAACUCUCAUUUUUCACGGGGACCACCUGGCUGGUCCUCACACUGACCCUGCUGUUCCUGCUGCUGAUGAGCAUGGCGGUGAACGUGAUCUUGCUCCGAGGCUCAAGGACAGAGCGGAACCGGCACCUGGAUGGCGGUUAUGUCUACCACCCGCUGCGGGAGGAGAACGGGGCUCCAGCAGCAGAGGAGGAGCAGCUGGGAGAUGCCCACAGCCCCUUCAAGGACUGAAGCCUCAGGCUGCCCGUGACGGUUUGUCGUGAAGACUCAUGUCCACGUGCUCUGGUACCUACAGGGGACAUUCCAAAGCCACUGGCACGGACACAUCCCAGUGGCCCCUGUGCCUCAGCCCCACACCUGUGCUGCUCCAGGACACGCACUCCCAGCAAUACCAUGCUCCACAGAGAGACUGCGCCUCCUUCCCACCUGUGUCUGCUGCCCACGAGGCCCAUCCUUCCGGGCCUGCCCCUGUGCCAAAGAGUCUCCAGCCUGCUGGAGAAGGGGCCGCAGGCGACCAACCUCCCCAUAACCAAAUCAUGCCCAAGUGGCAAAUACCAGCUAGCCCCCGUGACGAAUCUCAGCUUUUCUGACCUCAUCACUGAAUCUGCCAACUUAGAAUUCUACUUCCUGUUGUAGCAAGCUCCUUAGAAGAAGGGAAGGGGGGAGAGGAGAUGGAAGAAUCACCAUGUUUACAGUCUUCCUAUUUUGUCUUGCACUGAGAGAGUUUUCUAUCACUUGAAUACAUUGUUAUAAUAAAAGGAGCCAUCAGGUGGUA